AUGGGUUCCACUCAGCUGCCUGUUGGCCAACUCCGAGCCUCACUCACUGCAUCUCGUGUCCUUGUCCCUGGGGAUGAUGGUUACCAGAACAGCCUCCAUAGAUGGUCUGAAGCAGCAGAGAAACCAGCUGCUUUGCAAUUCGCACAGGAGCAUAACCUCGAUGUUGCUGUUGUCGGUGGAGGCCACUCUACAUCUGGGUCUUCUUCCACAGAUGGUGGACUAGUUGUGGACUUGACCAAGAUGCGCAACGUUACCGUUGAUUACGCCAACAACACUAUUACGGCGCAGGGAGGCACCAUCUGGGAGGAUGUUGACUAUGCUGCCGCCAAAUACGGCCUGGCUACAGUCGGCGGCACUGUCAACCACACAGGAGUCGGAGGUCUCACCUUGGGUGGAGGCUACGGCUGGCUUACUGGAAAGUAUGGAUUGACUAUCGAUAACCUCCUUGCAGCUGAGGUUGUGCUCGCCGAUGGCCGAAUCGUGCAAACAUCAGAAUCGGAAAACCCUGAUCUAUUCUGGGCACUGAGAGGUGCCGGCCAGAGUUUUGGUGUUGCUACGAGUUUUACCUUCCGUGGGUACAAGCAGGAGAAUUCCGUUUACGGCGGCUUGCUCGUCUUCAAGCCUGAUGCCCUGGAGAAGGUGGUCGAGUUCGCAAAUUGGUUGGUAAAGGCAACUGAAGGCGAGAGCGGCAUGGUUGUCGGUAUUGGUGCUCCCGCACCAGCUCGUAAAGUCAGUGUCCUGACAAUCAUCUUUUACAACGGAAAUCAAGCCAAAGCCAGAGAAUAUUUUGCACCUCUCUUUGCCCUCGAGCCAUUGGCCGAUCUGACCCGGGAGAUGCCCUACAGAGACGUCAAUGCAAUGCUCAACACUGUCUCGACUCACGGCGACCGGAAGACACAAAAGGGCUCAGCUUUCUCGGUACCCUUGUCGACAUCUCUCGCCAGGACUCUUCUGACUGACUACACCGAGUUCAUCAAUGAUGUUCCAGAUGCUGUCAAGUCCAUUAUACUCAUGGAGUUCUUUUCGCAGAGGCAGGUGAAUAAAGUCUCACAAACGGCCAUGUCAUUUGCCAAUCGUGGCGAGCAUUACAAUAUCCUUUUCAGCACUCGCUGGGUCGGCGACAAAAACGACAAGAUAUGCCGAGAUUGGACUCGUGCUAUGGGCCAAAAGGUCAAUGAGGAGUUGAAGAAGGAUUUGACUGGGGAUGGCGUUGGAGAAUAUGGAAAUUAUGACGGGGUUGCUACAUCUCUAGCUCAGGAGAUCUUUGGGGUAAACUACGAUAAGGUACUAGCUUUGAAGAAGCAGUAUGAUCCCAAGAAUGUGUUCAAUAAGGGCGCUGGGAAGUUCUCUUUGUAA